UCCCAAUUGAAGAGUGAGUAAUUGUAGUAGAAAAAGGCACGGCCCUUUGUUCUUCCCUGCUGUUUUAGUGUUUUCUCUCACUAAAUUCUAUGGAUUUAAUUUGUGAUUGAUUGCUAAGAAGAAAGGAUUUGUUGUUUUUAGAAAUGGGUUCAUGUGUUUCAGUGCACAAAGACCCUCAAUUUCGUCUUGUUUUUGGGUCCAAAACUACCCCAUCAACUCUCCAAGAAAAACCCAUUCAUCGAUCUCCUCCUCCUGUUACUGCCUUUCCUGAUUUUGGUAGUAAGGAGGAGACAUUCUUUGAUUCCCAGGCUUGGUUGGAUUCUGAUUGUGAAGAUGACUUCCUUAGUGUGAAUGGAGAUUUUACGCCUUCUCGUGGGAAUACUCCUGUCCAUCCCAGCUUGGAUGGAAAUUUAAAAGGUAACGGAGAUGUCCCUGCUUCUUUUCAGCAAUCACCGCCACAGGAAAAAAAGAAGCGAUUGUCUGAACUUUUCAGUGAAAGCUUGAGAAAUGAGCUGGAGCUCAAUGCCAUAAGUACAAAAAAGGAAACUGCAUUUCCUGGUGAUCGAGUUCCACCAAGAUCCACACCUGGGACACCUUAUGUGUCUGUGUGUAACAGCGAAAGAACUCCCAAUGGAGAGCUAAGAUGUGAUGUCAAAUCAUCGAAGCCAUCACAAUGUUGUCUUCCAAGGUUACUCUCAAGUCGUAGCUUUAGUGAAAGGAGGAAAAGAAUGAGCCCAGCACGUACUGUUGGCUGAUAACUAAUAAGCUGUCUCUCUUAAGGUAUAUACAUAUAUAUGUUUGUGUGUAUGUGCAUGUGCAUGUGCAUGUGCAUGUUUAUGUUUAAGGUAUAGAAUUAUGAACAUUGAUGGUCAGUAAAACUUAAUGGCCAUGAGAUUUCGGCGCAAAUACACAGAUGUGUAGAGUUAUGGUAUGUUCAUUCUUGAAUUUGAUGCUUUUAUGUAUAAAGAUAAAGAAAAACAGCUUUUUCAAUUAAUCAAAUGUAGUUCACUUUCUUGUUUA